GGUAAGGCGGGGUUCGUUAAUAGCGGUUUUGUUGUUUUUUGCCCAGUGUGCUUUAUCUGCCUGAUUGAUUGUCCAAACUGAGUGUACGUAAUUAAUGAGGAACGUCGCAUUAUAGAGGGAAUCAGUGAAAUCUCGCUGUCCUGUGAAAGCUGUCUGCCAGUAUGGAGUGUGUGUAUCUGGCUGUGCUCUGGACAAAGCUCACAAAUACGCAGACAACAAUCCUAAGGAGGUGCGGUCACUGGUAAGAGGAUGGCAUUGCAUUUGAGCAAGGCCUUGUAAAAAGUAGAUAAAAUGGAGCAAAGAAUGAUUGAAAUCAAGGAAGAGAAAUGUGAGUGGGACUCCGUCCACUUCAAGGAAGAAGGCUUCAGCAUAAAACAGGAGGAUUGUGAAUGGGAGCGUGUUUGUAUUAAAGAGGAGGAGCCUGGACCAAGUGCCUGGUGUAUUAAAGAAGAGGAUUCUGAACAGGUGUCUCUCAGUCUUAGAUUGCAGAACCAUAAUGGUUGUACCAUUUUCAAAGAAGACGUAUCCUCAGAUGAUGACUCAUUUUUGCGGUCAUAUCCGGCAGUUAAAAAAGAGUCCCCUGAUUUAGAUUCAAGUCAAGGCGAACAGUGUUCUUCCUGGCAGGAUUCUGUCCAUGUGAAGACUGAAUCAUCAGAGUUUCAGGGUGGAAUGGCAGAGGAGAAAUGUUGUGGAAGCGAACAAGAACAGUUAUCAUCUCAAAGACAUCCUGAAAAAGAUUUAGACGAGAAUGGUGGCUGCUCCAUGUCUUCUUUUGGUCUCGGAUCUCCCCACUGCGGCAGUCCGUGGAAACAGCACAACAAAAACACAAAGAAGACCUUACCUGAGUCAGAGAGUUCAAAUUCUCUGUCUCUGAAUAACUUGACAAACAGAGAUUCGUCCAAUGCUCAACAGCAAAUGCAGAAUACUGAUUCAAUGGCACUGUUUAUCUGCACAGAGUGUGGGAAAAGUUUCAAACGCAAAUGUGAUUGUAAAGACCAUGAAAGGAUUCACACUGGAGAGAAGCCGCAUUGUUGCUCCGAAUGUGGUCAGCAAUUUUCCCAUAUAGGCAGUCUUCAAAGACACAUCCGAACUCACACUGGAGAAAAGUCGCAUUACUGUUCAGAAUGUGGAAAGCGGUUCUCACAAAUAAGCAGUCUUCAGACCCACAAAAGAAUUCACACAGGUGAAAAGCCGUAUUGCUGUUUGGAAUGUGGGAAGCGAUUCUCACAGAUCAGUAAUUUUCAGAGACACACAAGAAUCCACUCAGGAGAGAAGCCCCACUCCUGUUCAGAAUGCGGCAAGCAAUUCUCACAGAUCAGUCAUCUUAAGACACAUGUAAAAAUUCACACCGGGGAGAAGCCACAUUGCUGUCAUGAAUGUGGCAAGCGUUUCACUGAAAAGAGACAACUUCAAAUUCACCUAAUAAUCCACACUGGGGAAAAGCCACAUUGCUGUCCUGAAUGUGGCAAGUGUUUCUCGCGGGUAGACAAUUUACAGAUACACAAGAGGAUUCACACCGGAGAAAAGCCACAUUGCUGUUUUGUGUGUGGCAAACGAUUCUUGCGUAAAAGUAGUCUUCAAAUACAUACAAAAAUUCACAACAGAGAAAAGUUACGCUUACUAUGUGGAUUAAGAAAAAAGACUUGAAGAUGGAAAGGGCAGCGAAAUGGUUUAUUUAUUUAAACUGAGAGAAGUUAGCAGCCAUAAUGUAUUAUAAGCCUACACGUUAUGUGGAUUUUUAGUGCACAGUUAGAAUGUUGUAAAAUAUUUUCUUUCUCUGACACUGUUAAUCUUUUCUAUUUUUCCCUUUUUCAUCAUGUUUCAGUGGUGUCAGUAUGAUCAAAACUCAUAAGGUGAGUCAUAGUAACGCUGUCCACCAGUCUACUAAUCCACAAUACAGAAUCUGAUGUGACAGGGUUUAUUAUUAAGACUUUGUAUUGUACCAUUCCAUCUGCAAUAUUUCUACUCUAAAGAGCUGGAACUGUAGCAAGGCAAACUCCUGAGCUAUGGACGAUUUUUUUUUAAGUAGAAAAGUUAAGUUGCUAGUUGGAGUAGAGCGAAAACUGUGCCUAACCCUGUCCUGCAGCAAUGUGAACCUGAACUCAGUGAAGAGUGCUAUACAAUGUAAGCUGACCUGACUAGAUCCACAAGUGUGGGCAAAGGUCAAACCCAAUUACUAUUGUAAAAUGUAGAUUAUUUUAAAAAUGUGUUAUUGUAUGUGACUACCUAGAAGAAAAACAGCUGUCAUUAAGGGAGGUGCAAUUGCUCAUUUUACAAUACUGGAAGUGUCAAGAAGCAGACUGAGCCAUUGGGGGGUGAAGCAUAGAUCUGUCUGAACACAAAUGCAGCAUUCCUUUGUGUACAUUCACUGGCUAUUAAGGAUUAAUCCUGCUUCUGUGUAGUUUUGAGGUUAUUCAGGACGUCUGGACACUGAAUUGCUGUGUAAUAUGCAAGCCUGCACUGUAUUGCUGCAGUUCCGGGCAUCCCUUUUGUGUUUGAAAAAUGUGGUUUAAUAUUAUAAAACACACUUGACAUUUCACUUGCCUUGAAAAAAUUCACCAUCAUGUUUAAAGUAAUAUUCUACAAAUGGAUUUGGAUUAUUUUACCUUAUUUUAUGUAAAUUGAUCCAGCUAACAAAAAACACAUGUAAACAUACAUUACAAGAAAGCCUUGAUGACAGAUGGCUGGUACAGGAUGGACUUUGUUUAAUUUUUCUGUAUGUUAUGUACUUUACUAAGUGUAAUGUAGAAUAGCAACAGGACUGCAACUUUUCCAGCUUCAUCAGGGAAAGCAUAUUUGUACCUGUGUUCUUAAAAGCCAGCCUGCUUCUUUUGCAAAUUUGUCAUACAUGCUGUCUAGAGCCAUCACCUCUCUUGCCAUUGUUCUUCCUCUUCUUCGAAGUCUGUUGCAGAUGAGAGUCUCCCCAGCAGUCUGCAUGCGGCCUGGCACAGUGCCCUCACACAAAAUCACAUUGGGACUGUCAACAAGUGAGCCAGCUGUGAAUGGAUUUCGACACCAUGUCGGAGAGAGGUUCAAAUUCUUAUAUCCCUACCGAUAAAAAGCAGCAUAGGAUCCCUACAAGAAGGUCUUUGCCAAUUACAACUGCUCUCACACUUGUAAAGGCAAAGUUUCUUAUGAUCACUAACUCUGCAGGACACAGUCCACUGCAUGGGCGUCUGCCAAGUAGCCCACACAAUUUUAUUAAACACCACAUAUCAAAAAUAGGAAGACAGACAGGAAGAAAUGACUAGGAAAAGGGAGAGAGGAAGGUGUUGGUCAUUUUUUUUAUGGUGGCAUAUUUCACAAGAAAUACACACACAAUUGGGUAAAUGCAUUAAUAGCUGUGGCAAUAAAUGCAUGGUAACAAAAUAUGUGAGCAUAUCUGGAAGAGCAGAUGGUUUAGGCAAUUUUUAUUUUUUUUUAGUGCCAGUGCGUCAUCAAAGAGGUGUAGCAGCCUAACCCUAAUUUAACUCAAUUUAAAUUAAUGGAAAACUUUCUAAUACAUUUAAACACAAAACACAAUCAGAGGGAAACUGGAAAUGUGUCUUUUCCUAAAGGUAACAUCUUUUUUGUAUGCACUUGUAUGUGACCUAUGUGUAAUAUGUGAGCCUACUCCUCUAAUAGUAUUACCCAGAGUUCUGUGCUGUUCAUGUAAACAGGAAGAAGUAAAGAA